AUCAAAGAUAAUUUCAAUUAAAAAUCAUAAAUCUCGUUUCGAUUUAAUUCUAAUUAAAUUAAAGCUGGAAUAUUCGUGGAAUUGUUUAUCGUUAAAUGAAAAAAUUUAUACAAAUAAUAAUUUUUUAACGAUUAUAGUUAAAUUCAAUCAUAAAGUACAGUUCGUCGUAUUGGAAGUUACGUGUAAAGGUGUUUUUUACGAAAAAUUUGUUGGGAUCAUCAUAGUUGAGCAUCGUAAUCUAUACACGAUAGAUCUAAUAUCGGAAAAAAUCGACACGCUGGCGCUAAUUCAACGAUAUGUAAUUAUUACAUACUCUAGAUUAAGGCUGACGGAACUGGGCAGAGCCGACGUUAAAUUGUCACAAGUUGAUCCUAAAAUUCGUAAUUUUGGGAUAAAAAAUUAUCCAACAAUACGUCAGCACCGAAUUCGGCAUGGUCGGUUCGUCGGUCUUGGAGACUGAAACAUCCUUGGUGCAAAAUAAUCGAGUUAAGGAUAUAGAAAUGUGCAAUGAAAGCAUAAGUACAAAAUCACAAAGUCCUAAGGAUGAAGCUUUCAUUAUUUCACGAGCAACAAUGUUACCCAAUUUCACGUUGGAAUGUGAGAAGGAUGGUACAUCUAAUGGGACGAAGACUUUCAACGCGGAUGACAUGAAAGCUGUACCUGCGAUACUGAAAAAAGUAGCAGGUAAGAAUAAAAAAGCCAAUCUAAAAGUUCCUAAUGAACAAACGAACCAAAAGGAUAUGCCAGUGGCAAAUGGUGACAAUGGUGAAGGUGGUAAUAAGAAUUCGUUAUCCAGUGGAUGUUCCAUAGUGACCAUCACUUCCACCACUAAUACAGAUCCCAAUCCUAAUUACUCUACUAAUCCAAAUGGAAAUGAUGAAGAAAACCGGAGAACUGAAAAAUGGUACCAUACGGCCGUACAAAUUUCCGUACCAUUUUUCAUCGCUGGAUGUGGCACCAUUGGAGCUGGUCUUGUUUUAGACAAAGUUCAGCACUGGCAAGUAUUUCAAGCAAUAAGCGAAUUGUUAAUCUUGGUACCUGCAUUAUUAGGAUUAAAAGGAAAUCUCGACAUGUGUUUGGCAUCGCGAUUGAGUACACAAGCAAAUUUAGGAAAUAUGAAUAGAUUACGCGAAAUAAUGAAAAUGAUUAUUGGUAAUAUCGCAUUAGUACAAAUCCAAGCAAUAGUUGCUGCAAUUUUGGUAGCAAUUUUUGCAAUAAGCGUUGGUACAAUACAAACAGCUGUUCACGGUGACGAUGGCGGCAAUCCUAGUGAACCAUUCAAAUGGAAUAGCGCUUUAUUAUUGGCUGCGUCGAGUGUUUGCACGGCAACAAGUUCCUGUUUUAUUUUAGAUUUUGUGAUGAUCGCUGUAAUAAUGAUAUCCCAUAAAUGUAAGAUGAACCCGGACAAUCUAGCAACACCAUUAGCAGCAUCGAUUGGUGAUGUAGUAUCGAUCAGUGUACUAUCAACAAUAGCAUCAGCAUUUUACGUAAGACUACAACAGGGACAAAUUUGGAUUCUCUAUGUCACAUUAGCCGGUUACCUGUUGUUAUUACCAUUUUGGAUUGUUAUAGUGAUGAAAAAUAAAUAUACUAGAAAUGUUUUAACAUCUGGUUGGGUACCCGUCUUAUCAGCACUGUUCAUCAGUGGUCUUGGUGGAUUGAUUUUAAACGAGGUCGUAGACAAAUUUACCGGAUUCGUAGUAUUUCAACCUAUUAUCAAUGGAAUCGGUGGUAAUUUGGUAUCCGUGCAAGCUUCGCGAAUCUCAACGAUGUUGCAUCAAACUGCUAUUCUUGGAAUUUUACCUCCCCACGCUACAUUAUUCGUUGCACCUUGGACAGCACUUUUCAAAGGAGUACCUUAUGCUAAAACUGCUAGAUUAUUAAUCGGUAUGGCAAUUUGCGGUCAAUUGGUAUUCGUAUUUGCGGCUGAUUAUAUCAAAUGUGAAACUAUAACAUUGGACGCUUAUUUUGUAGUUUCUUAUAUCGUGGUAUCAGUUUUACAAGUAAUGCUAUUACUUUAUGUAGCACACAUAAUGAUUCAUGCAAUGUGGAGGUACAAAAUAGAUCCAGACAAUUCAGCGAUUCCAUAUCUAACUGCAUUAGGUGAUCUAUCGGGUACUUUGUUUCUAGCAUUAGCUUUCUGGUUCCUAACAGCAAUACACAAGGAAUAUAAAUCUUGUGAAGAAAACGACGUUGCUACGACUACUAAUGCAACUUUGAUUGCAAAUACAACGUUCACUCCGAUAGUUUUUAACACAACUGCGAUAAUGUAUAAUAAUUGAAAAUAUGUAUUAAUAUUUAAUUUAUAUCGAUGAUAUGGAAAGACUGACCACGAGACGAUAAUUUGCUUUUUUUUUAUUAACAAAUUAACGAUCAUAUUUUAUUGAUCCCGUUAAAUUUAGAAGCCUGAUUCACUUCUAGAUAGAAAUAUAGUUCGUUAUGUUCGAUAGAAAAAAAAAAAAAAAAGAAAUAGAAAAGAAAUGAGAACAUUGAUCUGAACUAUAAUACCAUCGAGUAGGGGCAACUUAAAAAAUUAUUUUAAAUUGUAA